AUGAGACGCUACAUCCUAGGCACAGUUGUGUGCUUACUAUUGUGGCAAUGUAACGCAAAUCCAAUAGUAACAAUAACUGCGGACCACGAAAGUAGGUCGUUAGAACAAAAGUCGCCGGAAGUAGAAAAACAAAUAGAAUCACAAGGAAUAGUACAAGAGGAAACGAAAGGAGUUUUCAAGACUGACGAAGCUGCCGUUGAAGGAACAAAGACUGAACAAGAGCCAGCACAAAAAGACAAAGAAAUUGAAAAUAAACCAAAAGUAGCAACAGACUUAGCACAACCCGAGAAAGUCGAUGAUAAAAAACCAGUAGAGAACAAAGUUGCUAUUAAAAAAGUAAAAACAAAAGGAAAGGUUAAAGGACGUCAAUCGGGAGACGACGACGAUGACGACGAUGAUGACGACGACGAUGAUUUGGAUUUAGGAGUUGAUGAUGACGACGAUGACGAUGAUGAUGACAGUCCAGCCGAUGAUGACGAUGAUGACGAUGACGAUGACGACGACGACUACUUUGGAGGAUUUUUAGAUGAUAUUUUAGGCGGAGAUGAUGAUGACGACGACGACGAUGAUGACGACGAUGAACCUAUCCAGGUAUCUCAACCCCAACCGCAACCGGUCGAGCCAAUUGAAGCUGUACCUGUGGCACCUUCAGAGCCCGCAGAUGUCGGUGAGACAGGUGCUGAGGUAAACCCAAGCGAAGAACUGGACGCUCAAGAAAUUGCAGCAGGAGAUGCGGAAGGUGCAACUGGUACGGACGAAACAGGCGUAUCACAAGACUCUGACUCAGUCAUCGUCGUCAAAGAACCAGUGGCGGUGGCACAACCGGUAGAAAAUUCUGUUGAACCAAUUAUAGUACAACCGGUACCCGCCACCACUGACGAUGACGACGAUGACGAUGACGAUGACGACGAUGACGAUGACGAUGACGAUCCUGUUAGUGACUUAGUUGACGAUGACGAUGACGAUGACGACGAUGACGAUGACGAUGAUGACGACGAUGACGACGACGAUGAAACCGGCCUAGAGGAUGUCAUCGAAGCGAAAAGAUCACGUGAGUCCAAAAAAUUAAAGCAUACUAAGAAGGCCAAAAAAUCUAGGAAACACCACCGCCAUCAUAAAGUUGCUAACAAAAUCAGAUAG